CAGGACUUUCCGGUGGCGCGGGAAAUGAACAGAGUGUGGGUGGCGUGUAGCUGCAGGACCUGCAUUGUUCACUGCAGAGCUGCUGCACUGUGUGUUUGUGCUUCUCUGUCUAUCUGGGACGGUUAUUACAGCAAAAAUGCCAUCCACCCGCUCCAUGAAACUAGCAUCCCAGACACCAUCUAUCAGGAUGGGAUUGAGGAGCUUCCGCAGCUCCCCGCUGAUUCCCAUGGAGACUUCCUCUUCUUCCUCUGAUGACAGCUGCGAUAGCUUUGGAUCAGAUGGAGGCUUCGCAAAUACGAGGAGCAACUUAAGAAAGACAAGGAGAAUGACAGCGAAACCGAAGGUGUUUGAGGCUACAUCAGAGGAGGAUACGUGCAGUGGGUUUGAGGAAAACGUGAUCAACAGUCAGAUGAAAGCCAUGAAAGUAGUCUCUGAACCUCCGAGACGUGGCCGCAGAUCCAGCGUCCUUAAGGUUGCAAUGACAUUCCCCACCAAGAAGGCAGGGGGGAAGAGGCCUGCAUCCGAACCACUCGCUCAGAGUCAAGUACAGGACUCUGAGGAAGAGGAAGAGGAGAACUUCAUGGUGAAGAGAGCCCUGAAUAUCAAAGAGAACAAAGAAAUGCUUGCAAAGCUCAUGGCAGAGCUCAACAAAGUACCUGGGCUCUUCCCAAAACGGAUGGCAAUGUCGGCUUCAGCAACGCCUCGUCAGGCACCUCGGUCCACAGGAACUCCAGGAGCACGUAGGAGAAACCCGGAGCGCUUAUCCCGACCCCACACGCGGUCCCGCACACUGGUAGAUGGACCUCCCAGCCCAGCUCCCGAAGAAGAGCCUGAGGACAAGUUCAGUCUGGUCCGUAAAAGCCGCUAUUAUGAGGAAGAUGAUGAACCACCCCGUCGCCGUUGCUUCAAUGGCUCCAAGGCCAUCCCUCAUGUAGUGCGGCCUGUGGACGACAUCUCAGAGUUAGAGCUGCAGAACAUCUGCAACAACGUGCGAGAGAAAGUGUACAACAGCUCCACUGGAUCCACUUGUCAUCAGUGCCGCCAGAAAACGGUCGACACCAAAACUAACUGCCGUAACCCAGAGUGUGUGGGGGUGAGGGGUCAGUUCUGCGGCCCCUGUCUCCGUAACCGCUAUGGUGAGGAGGUCCGAGACGCUCUGCUGAAUCCGGAGUGGCAUUGCCCGCCAUGCAGAGGGAUCUGUAACUGCAGCUUCUGUCGCGCCCGAGAUGGCCGCUGUGCUACGGGAGUGUUGGUUUACCUGGCUAAAUAUCAUGGCUUUGAUAAUGUGCACGCCUACCUCAGCAGCCUGAAAAAGGAGCUGGAAGACAGUAGCAAGUGAAGCAUGGAGGGAGCUGAUCCUGGACCUGACUGAAAUGCUCUGAGACUGUUUGACUUACAGAGUCCACAUAUUGUUCCUUGUGUGUGGGGCAUUAUAACAAUGUUAUUGUUCUCGUUUCACGUUUCUUGAACAUUAACUGACAUUGGAGGGAGUCUUCAGCCGAAAGCUUGCAUUUUAUUUUAUUUUUGUUAUCCAACAUAUUUUCCUGUCUGUUCUCAAGAACUGAGCCCUUACUUUCAGUCUGGUUGAUAGUAAACUAAGGUGGCUGAAAAAAAGCAAAUUUAGGAAAGUGUCUCAAGCUGAAAUUGCUGACAGCCUUCUGUGAUCUUAAAUAUUUUUAGUUUAUUGAUGUGCAUAUUCCCAUAACAUGUAAAAAAAAAUUCCCUUUUUUAUGUCUGAAUCAUCCAACCUGCUGCAAAAAAUUUAGGCUUGUUUAGAUGAUCUACUGUAUUUUACAUUGUUUUAAAUGUACAUAUUUUACACAGCCCACUUUGACAUGAAUUCAAGGGCUCCAUCUAUGUGCCUUUUUUCUAGUUGAAAAUUUAUGCUUGUGUUUUUUACAAGUUGCAUAGCUUUGCAUAGACUGCUGAAAGUGCGAAUGUUGAGCGGGGGGGGGGAAUAACAAGCAACAACAAAACAAAAUGUUUGCUUUAGCUGGGAUGUCCUGUAGAAAUGGCCAAAUGAUCUGCAUGCUCCUGAGGUGGUGCGGGUGGAAAGGACAUUGACUGGGGUCCACUGCCACUGCCAUGUGUGAUAUACUACAGCGCCUGGUUAAAUAUCCUUCAUUAGAUAACUGUCACUAAUGGUGUGGAAACAAUUAGCACACUCUAAUGGGAGUCUCAUACCUGUAAAUCAUUUUAUCCUGUUAAAGCACAUUCUCUCUCUGUUUCGGGCUCUUUGGCACAUUUUCUGCCUUACGCUGUUAAGUAGGAACGGCUGAAGGUGGCACUGAAGUAGCAAUAGAGUUAUGGCCUGCAUUUUCUGUUCAGAAGUGUAAUACUCUACGUGAAAUGACAUAGAAUUAACCUUUCUGUCGCUUAGCUUUGAAAUGUACUUCAUUUGACCUGUGCCAGGACACACUGAUUAUAUGAUACUGUUUCAAAAUAAUCAACGGUUGAGAUUUCUUGAAGGUAAUGGCAGGUGGAGGUUAUCGUACUAUUAUUUAUCAGGGGCUGCACAGGAUGCUGAACUGCUGAUGGGAACAUUUGUUAUGGCAGUGGUUGCUUUGUGUUCGUUUGGGGUAACUGUACAUUUUCAUUAAAGUGUUAAUCACUGAA